AUAUAUUCAGCCAAAUGAUUGCAUAUAAUUGUCACCCCUGUAGCUAUUAACAAAGUAGAAAAAUCAAUUAUGGAAGAGGAAGCUACCACGCUUCCACCUGUGAACUGUAAUGAUGAAGAAAUUGAAAUAGAUUACAGAAGAUGGUCGGACAACAUACUACACUGGCAAGAGCGACCUUAUGUAUAUCCAUUUUCGGACACUGAAAAGGGAAAAACAGUGCAGACGGCACCUGCAGCCAAUCGCUAUACCAGUAUGUACAGCUCCGAUUUUGUACCCAAGGCUAUUUCAGUUCGUAGGCUGAGACCGACCUCUAUUAAUCGAUUAAACAAGCCACAUCCCCGAAGUACAUACCAUAUGAAUUUAGUAACGAACAAGUCAGUUCCUGUAGUGAGGACACGGAUGACGAUGGAUGAUUUGAAUCGAAAAUCAGCGGAUUCGCCACUCAUCUCCAAUACACAUCGCACAUAUCGAGGCAAAAAAUUAACGAGUGCCGAAAAAACGAGAGUAUUCAAAGAUACUGGAAAAGCCGCCGAGGGUAUUGUCCCUGAGAUCCCGAAAGAGGGGGAAAGAAUUGAGACUCGAUUAUUUCCUUGCAUACCGAGAAAUGCUCGACUCACAGCAGAUCGCGCAACAAAAAUCACAAAUGCUGUAAUAAAGCCCCAGGCAAACAAAAAGCAGCCACACCUUAAAGGUUCAAUUUCUGCGAUAAUGAGAGGCGAAAAAUACACAGACGGUCCGGUUUAUCCCUAUUUACCAGUCAAAGACUUGAACAGGCAUGCACUGAAACCACUUACAGGUCGUUCGGACACAAUGAGAGUAUCCGAAUGGGACGGUGCACCCAGGUCAAAUGCAAAAACCACCCAGGCAGUAUAUGGACGGAAACGUGAAAGUGUCUUGCACAUUGAGGCUAGAAUUGACGCCGUUGUCCCAGAUGUCCCUGCCCCGACCUCUAAACAACUGAUGUUUAAAGAAUAUGCUCAAUAUCCCAAAUAUGCUCCACAAAUGUUGGAAGGAUAUUAUAAUAGUAUGCAUAUAAGACGUCUGGUGCGCCCGCAUGCUUGGUAAAAUAGGAAAUAAAUCGUAACGUUGUAAAUAUUAUGAUAUUUAUUUUAUUUUAAUAAAAUUAA